GUUCAGCAAGUCCUUGCUGUGAAUUAUCGGGUUACUUUACCUGAGCAACAGCAAUAGUAGUAGUAGUGGUGGUGGCGGCAGCUGGAGGGGGGUGGAGGAGAGGGCCCCGAGUGAGGGAAAUAGAGAGAGAGUUAAUCAAAUUGCCGGACCGGGAGUGAAGGCCGCCGUCGAAGAGGAGGCGAAGAUGCUGAACAUGUGGAAAAUGCGCGAGCUGGUGGAUAAGGCCACAAAUGUGGUUAUGAAUUAUUCAGAGAUCGAGUCUAAGGUUCGAGAAGCAACCAAUGAUGAUCCGUGGGGACCUUCAGGGCAGCUAAUGGCAGAGAUCGCCAAGUCUACGUUUAUGUAUGAGCAGUUUCCUGAAGUUAUGAACAUGCUUUGGACUCGUAUGCUGAAAGACAAUAAAAAGAAUUGGAGGCGGGUCUAUAAGUCCAUGCUUCUUUUGGCUUACCUCAUAAGGAAUGGGUCAGAACGUGUAGUUACCAGUGCCAGAGAACACAUUUACGAUUUGCGGUCGAUGGAGAACUACCAUUUCGUAGAUGAAAAUGGCAAGGACCAAGGAAUAAAUGUGAGACAGAAGGUUAAGGAAUUGGUGGAGUUUGUGCAGGAUGACGAUCGCCUACGGGAAGAACGGAAAAAAGCCAAGAAAAACAAAGACAAAUAUAUUGGAGUGUCUUCAGACAGUAUGGGAGGCUUUAGAUAUAGUGACAGGUACGACUCUGAGCCAAAAUCCAGGUGGGAUGAUGACUGGGACAAAGGCAAUAAAGGUGUUUUCCCAUUCAGUGAAAAGUUAGGGGAGAUUAGCGAUAAAAUUGGAACCACCAUCGAUGACACGAUCAACAAGUUCAGGAAGAAAGAUAAAGAUGAUUCACCAGAAAGUGAUAGUGAGGAGGAGAGAAGACCCAGAAACAAUGGCAAAGUUGGAAAAUCUGAAUAUAAAGAUGAAGAGGAAACGGUGACUACCAAAUCAAUCCACAUCACACAGGCAACAGAGACCACCACCACCCGGCAUAAACGGUCUGGAAUACCUUCCAAAACAGUCGACCUUGGUGCUGCAGCCCAUUACACGGGCGAUAGUACCAGCCCAGAAUUAAAUUCUGCAGUAAAGACUUCGGCACCAAACACUGUUAACAGCAAUUCAAAGAAUGACCUGGUAGACUUACUAUUUGACACAGGAUUUGGAUCCAGUCAGAUUUCUUCUGCAGGUGGGACAUCAGAACAAUUUGGAGGGUUUGCAGACUUUGCUUCGACAGGUACAACACAGAGCAAUUUCCCUUUGGUAUCAGGCACACCAACUAGUGGGAACUCCGAUUUUGGUGACUGGAGUGCCUUCAACCAAGCUCAGUCCAACCAGCCUGUCAUGUCAAGCGGAGGGGACCUUUACAAUAACAUGCAGCAUGCUCCUGGCCAACCUCCUGCAGCUGCUACGGACCUAUUUGACCUGAUGCCUAGUUUUCAGUCAACCAUGACUUCUUCACAGAGCAUGAACUUUGCUAUGUCAUCUGCCAACACCUUAGCUGCCACUGGUACCAGUAUGUCCUUAUCCAGAUCUCAGCCUUUGCAGAUGUUGUCCACGCCUUUGUCAAGGCCUACUGCUGUUGCUGUACCGACACAGAAUAUGCAAGAGAACCAGAAAGCAAUCAAGCCAACUUUGCCUUCCACUUGGUCAGACCCAAGUGUUAACAUCAGUCUAGACUUUCUGACACCUGGCAUGCAACCUCCCAAACCCCAGCAGCCAUCACUUAACACCAUGAUGCAACAACAAGGCACACAGCAACCGGUGAACCUCGUGGCUCAAAGCUUUUCAGCCGUAUCCAUUAACUCGCCAACCAGUGUGAUGCCUCCACGACCUCCAGGAGUAUCUCCUUUGAUGGCUGGCAGUGUGCCAGUGGGCAUGGGGAUGCCAAACAUAAUGGGGACUGGUGCCAUAGGGAUGAAUCCUAUGGGUGUGCCUCAGAGUGGUGUGAUGAACCAAGGAAUGAUGGGAAUAAACAUGGGAGUGGCUCCAGCUGGCAUGGCCAUGACAGGUUCUAUGGGGUUGGGUGUUCCUGCCAUGGGUCUCAAUGCCAGCAUGACGCCUGCAAUGGUGCAAUCCAAGCAAGAUGCCUUUGCCAAUUUUGCCAACUUCAGUAAAUGAGAAGGUUGGAAAAACUCCAUUAAGUAGAUGAAGGUGUGAAGGCUGCACAAAAUAGUACUUGAAACAUGUGAAGAUAGGUUGUCUUAAAUUUUUAUAGCUAUAAAGAACAGGUUUUGUGAAGAAUAUGGCAUAUUUUGUAUUGGGGAGAAAUCUGGUAAUUGGCAAGAUCUGUGCUAUUGAAUGUGUUAUGUCUGUUUCCUAACAGAGGUUCUUCAAGUAAAAUCCCUUUCAUUGGCAUCUUGUUUGUGAGAUACACCUGAAAGCUUUUUUAAAUGUUGAUGAAUUUUAACUCUACUGAAAUCACAGGGCAGGGAGGAUUACAUGGGUUGGGAAAAGUGGUUCAUAUCAAAAAUAAUUUUUGUACCUAUCUUAAUGGCCUUUAAGUCAGGAUCCCGAGAAAAAUCAUUAAAAUCCAGAGUAUAAACAUUAAAAGUUUUGUUGUUCUUUACCUCUUUACCUGGACACAAUCAGUUUUUCCAGCAGUGUGAUAAUCAGCUUGUGUAUAUAUCCUUUAUGUAACAAAUGAAUGCAAAACUAUUAAAAGGUCUACUUCAAGGUACCAAAAAAACAAACCUGAUUACUGGAAUGUAAAUAGUUUGGUGAUAUGUUCCAGUCUUAAUAGGGGAAAUUAAAUCCUUUCUAUCAUGAAAAUUUCUUUAUUAAUAAUAAAUGGUGGUAGUUGCAGCUUUUAUUUAAUUUCCCUCAAUUCUUCCUUUCUUUUAAUAUUCACUGUCUAGUGCUGAAGCACAAAUAUCAGCUACGUAUUUCCCUUUGAAGUUGUGGGACUUCAUGAUUUGAGGUAAAGGAAUGGGAAGGGCAUCUCACAUUGGUAAUAGAUGAGUGCACAGGUCACCAGUCACCUUAAUCCAACUAUUUUCUACACGUACAGGUGUGGCUUUUCCUUUCCCCCUCAGCUGAGUAAACCCUGCAAGUGUGCAAUACCCAAGACAUUCCUCUGCUUUUCGCAGAAACUAGCAUUAACGCUAAACUUGUCCUAGUUUCCAAGGCAGCACAGGUGAAGAGUUUUCCACUUCUUCCAAAAAUAUGUAUGCUGUCAUUUUUUUUCUCUCUGUCUGGUUUUUGAACAUUUUUUGCCUUGGUGACUGGUGAAUCAUGACAGUGUUCUGUAAUGUUAAAGCCAUGUUAUCUGCUUGUUGGAUGGGAACUUCACUAAGAGACAUUCACUGCUAGUGAUGCAAAAGUCAAACCCUAUACUUAGUGAUUCUUUUGUCUUCUCUCCAACAAGCCAGAGAGGGAAAAAAUGUGUUUCAAUUGUACUCAUGACCUGUUAUGUAUUACAGCAAACUAUUCAUUAAAAUCUGUUACUUAAAAUCA